AAGCUGCCCCAAGGCGUGCUCUAGAUUUCCGGUGGAAAGCCGGUCUGGGCUUCCAUGUGGACCCGGCAAGAAGGGUUUGGGUGUUAAGUCCUGCCCAAGUCGCGCUCCGCCCGAGUUUCAGAAACCCACCGGCUGAAAGAUGACGUCCUUAGCCCAGCAGCUCCAGCGACUCGCCCUCCCUCAGAGUGACCCCAGCCUCUUAUCUAGAGAUGAAGUUGCUUCUCUGUUGUUUGACCCCAAGGAAGCGGCCACCAUCGACAGGGACACUGCCUUUGCCAUUGGAUGCACUGGCCUGGAAGAGCUGCUUGGAAUCGAUCCUUCCUUUGAGCAGUUUGAAGCCCCGCUAUUCAGCCAGCUGGCAAAAACCUUGGAGCGCAGCGUUCAGACCAAAGCAGUGAACAAACAGCUGGAUGAAAACAUUUCAUUAUUCCUUAUUCACCUGUCACCUUACUUCCUGUUGAAGCCAGCACAGAAGUGUCUGGAGUGGUUGAUUCACAGGUUCCACAUCCAUCUUUAUAAUCAAGAUAGCCUCAUUGCUUGUGUUCUGCCAUACCAUGAAACAAGAAUAUUUGUGCGGGUUAUACAGCUUCUGAAAAUUAAUAAUUCAAAGCACAAAUGGUUCUGGUUGCUGCCAGUUAAGCAAUCUGGAGUGCCCUUGGCCAGGGGGACCUUGGUCACCCACUGCUACAGAGAUCUCGGGUUCAUGGAUUUCAUUUGUAGCCUGGUAACGAAGUCUGUGAAGGUUUUUGCUGAGCAUCCUGGGAGCUCCGCUCGGCUGAGGGUUCUCUUAACCUUCUAUGCUUCUACCAUCGUGUCUGCUUUGGUGGCUGCCGAGGACAUAUCAGACAGUGUGGUUGCUAAGCUAUUUCCAUAUGUCCAAAAGGGAUUGAAAUCAUCCUUACCAGAUUACAGAGCUGCAACAUACAUGAUAAUAUGUCAGAUUUCCGUGAAAGUGACCAUGGAAGAUACUGUCGUCAAUUCGUUGGCUUCGCAGAUCAUCAAAACGCUGACCAAAACUCCCUCUCUGGUGAAGGACGGAUUAGGCUGCUUGAUAGUGCUCCUGCAGCGACAGAAGCCGGACAGUCUAGGGAAAAAGCCGUUUCCUCACUUGUGUAAUGUUCCUGACCUCAUAACAGUCCUUCGUGGGAUUUCCGAAACAUACGACAUCGGUCCCCUUCUACGCUACAUGCUUCCCCAUCUGGUUGUCUCCAUCAUUAAUCAUGUGACAGGAGAAGAAACUGAAGGGGUGGAUGGUCAGAUCUACAGGAAACACUUGGAAGCUAUACUCAUGCAUGUGUCACUGAAGAACAACUUGGACCAUUUAUUGGCCAGCCUUCUUUUUGAAGAGUAUAUUUCAUAUAACUCACAGGAAGAAAUCGAUCCUACUAAAGUAUCUUUACUGAAUGAACAGUUUCUUCCCCUUAUCAGACUUUUAGAAAGCAAAUAUCCCACAACAUUAGAUGUCGUCUUAGAGGAACACCUAAAGCAAAUUACAGACCUAAAAAAACAAGAGCUUUUUCACCAAUUUAUCUCUCUCUCUACAAGUGGAGGGAAGUAUCAGUUUUUAGCAGAUUGUGAUACCUCCUUGAUGCUCAGUCUGAAUCAUCCACUUGCACCUGUGAGACUUCUGGCCGUUAAUCAUCUGAAAAAUAUCAUGGAAACAUCAAAGGAGAGUGUCGAUGAGUGUUUCAUAAAAGAAGCUAUCGUAUCCCGAUUGGGUGAUGAUAGCAUGGAUGUUGUUUUGUCGGCUCUAAGCGCUUUUAAGAUUUUCAAGAGACACUUUACAUCAGAAGUGACUGUUUCAAAUCUUCUGAAUCUCUUUCAAAGAGCAGAACUUUCAAAAAAUAGGGCAUGGUGUGAGGUACUUGAACUGGCCACAGACAUGAUAGUUAGAGAAGAGAUGCUGAAUGGAAAGGAUGAGUUGGCGAAUGAGAUAGUGGUUCGUCUGCUUCCCUUCAUGGUCAUCGACAGGGAUGAUCUAGAGUCCCCCGAGAUGAAAACUGCUGUGUAUUUAUCCCGAUCAGGACUUUGCUCUCUGCAUCCUGUGCUACGGGGCUGGAAAGAAGCUCUUGAAAAUGUGAUGAAAAGUACAAAGUCAGGAAAACUAAUUGGUGUAGCAAAUCAGAAGAUGAUUGAGUUGUUGGCUGACAAUAUAAAAUCAGGGGAUCCUUCUUCAAUGUUAAAGAUGGUGGAGGGUUUGAUCAGUAUCGGGGAGAAGGAGCCCCUCAGCCUGCAGCAGAAAGUGACUUCCCACGUGGUCAUGUCUGUGCUGGUCUCGUGCUGCUCAUCCUCGAAAGAAACGCACUUUCCAUUUGCGAUAAGAGUCUUCAGUUUGUUGCAGAAAAAAAUAAAGAAGCUCGAAAGCGUCCUGACAGCAGUGGAAAUGCCCUCGGAAUGGCAUUCCGAGCUGAUGACGGACCGGGCGAUACCAGCGCAGCUGUGGGCACAUUACGUACAGCAGGUCAACGCUGCCCAGUGGAUAGCUGUGGAGGACUCAGCGUUACUCGUAUUUUCGCUGAAAAUUUUUAUUUAUGCACUAAAGGCUCCUAAAUCUUUUCCUAAAGAUGAUGUGUGGUGGAAUCCUGACCGGCUGGAAGCGGACAGCAGAGACUACCUGCGCUUGCUCAUCGGGCUCUUUGAGACGAUCCUCCGUGGGGCUGACAGCACCCACUUCAGGGUGCUGAUGAAGCUGUUCCUCAAGGUACAUCUAGAAGAUGUUUUUCAGUUAUUCAAGUUCCUUUCUGUGUUAUGGACCUAUGGUUCUAGCCUUUCAAAUCCCUUGAACUGCUGCGUGAAGUCCAUGCUCCAGACUCAAGCCCUGUACGUGGGCUGCGCGAUGCUGUCCUCCCUGAGGCCACAGUGUAGAGCCCACCUGGCUUCCACGUCUUCUCCAGUGGUGGCGUCUCUGUUGCUUAACCUGGGAAGCCCCAUAAAGGAGGUCCGGAGGGCGGCCGUUCACUGUCUGCAGGCCCUCAGCGGAGUGGCAUCCCCGUUCCACAUGGUGAUACAGCAUGUGGUGCCCAAAGCAGAGGAGGUCACCUCGGACGCCACCUACGUCGUUCAGGAUUUGGCUACAUUAUUUGAGGAGCUACAGAGAGAAAAGAAACUGAAAUCUCAUCAGAAGUUGUCCGAAACUUUGAAGAACCUGCUUUAUUGUGUAUCCAGUUGCCCGUCUUAUGUUGCCAAAGAUCUGACGAGAGUGCUUCAGGGAGUGCACGGUGAGAUGGUGCUUUCUCAGCUGCUGCCUAUGGUUGAACAACUCUUGGAAAAGAUUGAGAAGCAGCCCACAGCUGUCCUGAAAGAUGAGGCCACUGUUUUGCAUCUCACUCUGGGGAAAUAUAAUGAAUAUUCAGCUUCUCUUUUACAUAAGGAUCCAAAGAGUCUGGAUAUAUUCAUAAAAGCCGCACACACAACAAAGGAACUUUUUUCAGGAAUGCCUGCUGUUCAGAUUACAGCCCUGGAAAAGAUUACAAAGCCAUUUUUUGCAGCCAUAUCAGAUGAAAAAGUUCAGCAGAAGAUUGUGCGCAUGUUGUUUGAUUUAUCUGUGAACUGUAAGAAUACGCAUUGUGCUCAGACUGUUAGCGGUGUUUUUAAAGGGAUUUCUGUUAAUGCUGAACAAGUCAGGAUAGAACUGGAGCCACCAGAUAAAACUAAGUCCUUGGGCACAGUUCAGCAAACGAGGAGGCAGAAAAUGCAGCAGAAAAAAUCACAAGACCUGGAGUCUGUCCAGGAGAUUGGAAGUUCUUACUGGCAAAGAGUAACCCUCAUCCUAGAAUUGCUGCAGCACAAAAAGAAGCUCAAAAACCCUCAGGUGCUGAUACCCACACUUUUCAGCCUGCUGUCAAGGUGUUUAGAACCUUUGCCACCAGAGCAGGGAAACUUGGAAUACACCAAACAGUUAAUUCUCAGCUGUUUGCUCAACAUCUGCCAAAAACUCUCUCCAGACGGCGGGAGAAUACCAAAAGACGUUCUGGAUGAGGAGAAGUUCAAUGUGGAGUUGAUCGUUCAGUGCAUCCGCGUUUCCGAGAUGCCUCAGACCCACCACCAUGCCCUUUUACUUCUGGGGACUGUGGCCGGAAUAUUUCCCGAUAAAGUUCUACAUAAUAUUAUGUCCAUUUUUACAUUUAUGGGAGCCAGCGUCAUGCGUCUAGAUGAUACUUACAGUUUUCAAGUUAUCAACAAGACAGUGAAAAUGGUUAUUCCAGCACUUAUUCAGUCUGAUGGUGGAGACUCUGGAGCAGUCACGAGAAACGUGGAAAACAUCGUGGUGAAAAUCAUGAAUGUGUUUGUGGACGCGCUGCCCCACGUCCCUGAGCACAGGCGCCUGCCCGUCCUUGUUCAGCUUGUCGACACACUUGGUGCAGAGAGAUUCCUCUGGGUUCUCCUCGUCCUGCUUUUUGAACAAUAUGUCACUAAAACAGUGCUGGCGGCUGCCUGUGGAGAAAAGGAUGCUAUUUUAGAAGCAGACACUGAAUUUUGGAUUUCAGUCUGCUGUGAAUUUAGUGUCCAGCAUCAGAUACAGAGCCUGAUGAAUGUCCUCCAGUACUUGACAAGGCUGCCAGAGGAAAAAGAAGAAACCGUUCCCAAAGCCGUGCCUGAUAAGAGCGAGUCACCAGAGGAAACCCUGCAGGUUUUUAAUGUGGACACCCACACCAGCAAGCAACUGCGGCAUUUUAAAUUCUUGUCAGUGUCCUUUAUGUCCCAGCUCCUGGCUUCCCGUCAUUUUAUCCGAAAGGUAGUUGAAAGUGGUGGCCCUGAAGUUUUAAAAGGCCUUGAACAGAGGUUGCUGGAGGCGGUCCUUGGCUACAUCAACGCUGUCGCCCAGUCUGUGGAGAAGAACGCGGACCAGCUCACUGGGAAGUUCUGGCGAGCGCUCCUUAGCAAAGCUUACGACAUGCUAGACAAGGUCAAUGCCUUGCUGCCCACGGAAACGUUCAUUCCUGUGAUGACAGGGCUGCUGGGUAACCCGCUGCCGUCCGUCCGCCGGAAAGCGAUGGACCUGUUGAACAACAAGCUCCAGCAGAAAGUGUCCUGGAAGAAGAAGACUGUUUACCAUUUCCUAAACCUGGUUCCAGUUCUUUUGGCCAUUGUGCAGCGUAAAAAAAAGGGGGCAGAAGAGCAAGCAGUAAACAGACAGACGGCUUUGUUUACACUGAAGCUUUUAUGCAAGAACUUUGGUGCAGAAAACCCAGAGCCUUUUGUCCCAGUGCUGAACACUGCAGUGAGACUGAUCGCCCCCGAAAAGAAGGACGAGAAGAACGUCUUGGGCAGUGCCCUGCUGUGUGUGGCGGAGGUGGCCUCCACCCUGGGGGCCCUGGCCAUCCCCCAGCUGCCCAGCCUGAUGCCUGCACUGCUGACGACAAUGAAGAACACCAGCGACCUGCUCUCGGGCGAGGUCUAUCUGCUGAGCGCUUUGGCGGCCCUGCAGAAGGUGGUGGAGACUCUCCCCCACUUCGUCAGCCCCUACCUAGAAGGCGUCCUGUCACAGGUGAUUCACUUGGAGAAAAUCACGAGUGAAAUGGGUGCAGCCUCCCAGGCUAAUGUCCGCCUCAUGUCCCUUAAAAAGACACUGGCCACCGCUUUGUCACCUCGCGUCCUGCUACCGGCCAUCAACAGAACGUACAAGCAAAUCCAGAAGCACUGGCAGCACCACAUGGGCCCGUUCAUGAGCAUCCUGCAGGAGCACAUCGGGGUCAUGAGGAAGGAGGAGCUUGCCUCCCAUCAGCCUCAGCUCACCACGUUUUUCUUGGAGGCCUUGGACUUCCGAGCACAGCACCCUGAGAGUGAUCUGGAAGAAGUUGGAAAGACAGAAAGUUGUAUCAUUGACUGCCUGGUAGCUAUGGUUGUAAAACUUUCCGAAGUCACGUUCAGACCCCUGUUUUUCAAGCUGUUUGACUGGGCUAAGACAGAGGAUGCCCCAAAGGACAGGCUGCUGACCUUUUACAACUUGGCGGAUUGCGUUGCUGGAAAACUGAAAGGGCUGUUUACUCUGUUCGCUGGCCACUUAGUGAAGCCUUUCGCUGACACCUUGAACCAGGUGAACGUCUCUAAAACAGAUGAAGCGUUUUUUGACUCUGAAAAGGAUCCUGAGAAGUGCUGCUUGCUCUUACAGUUUAUUUUGGACUGUUUAUAUAAAAUUUUCCUUUUUGACACCCAGCAUUUCUUAAGUAAAGAGAGAGCAGAAGCCUUGAUGACGCCUCUGGUGGAUCAGCUGGAGAAUGAGCUGGGAGGGGAAGAGAAGUUCCAGGAACGGGUGACCGAGCACCUGACGCCGUGCAUCUCCCAGUUCGCAGUGGCCAUGGCCGAUGACUCUCUUUGGAAACCACUCAACUACCAGAUUCUGCUGAAGACCAGAGACUCCUCACCCAAGGUUCGGUUUGCUGCCCUGAUCACCGUGCUAGCGCUGGCUGAGACGCUGAAGGAGAAUUACAUCGUCCUGCUACCAGAGUCCAUUCCUUUCUUAGCUGAACUGAUGGAAGACGAAUGUGAAGAAGUGGAACGUCAGUGCCAAAAGACUGUUCAGCGACUGGAAGCUGUCCUGGGAGAGCCGCUCCAGAGCUACUUCUGAAGCCGUGGCGUCUUGCUGUCUCCUCUGACUCUGUUCAGAGUUCAUGUUUAUAGUUUUAUUUGGGGGUGUUGGGUACCAUGUUACUUUUGGUGCUUUAACACCCACGUGGACUUUACAAAAUUCCUGCCUCGUUUGUACUUCCAUUCAGCCCUCCUGACAUCUGGAUAGAAUUGCAAAGGCAGUAAAUGACAGCGGUGGUUUGAUGCAGGCGGCUCCUGACGGCCGUGUCACUUCAGACGCAUUUGAUCUCUGCACCCAGAGCGGACGGGGCCCCACUCAGACUGUGAAGUCCUAACUCCUCUGCGCAGGGAUGGCUUGUGCACGUGGGGUCCCCGUCAGAGGCUGCACUCAAAGUAUUGAAUGGCCUUUACUUCAAGAAAAUGAAUUAUUGAGCCUUCAGCAACAGUGCUUUUGAAUGUGAAGUCAUUUGGAUUUUUACUUUUCAUUCUGGGCAGAAACACCAGCCUUGACAUUUAUAUGCCCCUGGAGGGCAGUAGUUCUGCAGUGUACUUUUGACUCAGGACUCGUGUCUUUGAUCCUGCCUUCAGUCUGUGCGGGUGCUCAAGACUGGGCUGCCUUGGGAGCUUUGCCCUGGUCAGGGAGCAAAGGACAAAGGAUUCUAAAAAUGAGUAGGCAGCAGCACUGUCAGGCUACCGCGAGGCAGUUACUGGGGAAGUGUUUCUGGUGCCUUCCCCAACCCCCGCCCUCCCCUGCCUCCCUUCAGUCCCUUGGCAGGUAGUGCUGCACCCAGUAGGCCAGCUGUGCAGGUGAAGCCUCAGUGCUAGGGCAGUGGGAGGAACAGGCUUCUGGGCGUCCUCACAACAGAGCGGCCCUGAGGUCAUCAGGGACACCAGCCUGGUGUCACAGCUCAAGAAACUAACGGUCCUCAAGGAGGAAGGUACCAGAGGUGCCCAGACUGGGCGUGUCGUGCCCUGCGCCCAGGAUCCAGAGGGCCACAAAGAGGGCCCCAGGCCUCUGUCAUGGUGACAGUGGGAAGGAUGCUCCUGUGCCAGACCCCAGCACCGUCACGGCCCCCGUGGCAGCGCCCCACCUGCCCCUGCUCUGGACCUGUCCCCACCCAUAUGUGACUCUUCCUCCUCCUCCAGGGCCGCGUGUCUAGAUUAGGGACCGUCAGGGCUGAGGCAGUGGGGAGAGAUGACAAAUUCAUUCCUUCGUGCCACCCUCUCAGCAAGGACCACAGAGGGCCUGGGACCAGGAGAGCCAGUGCUAUCCCAGGGCACCAGGCAGGCAUGGCCCCCACAGCACAUGGUGUCAACAAUUUUAGGAAAUGGUGGAACGAGGGAUGAGGCAAUUGUUUCUGUGCAGGGACUUGGACACGAAGAAAGAGGUUCCCAGCUGGCUCUCCCGCCACUCCCUGAAGGCCAAGUCACAUACAUUUACUGACACCCUUCAGCUAUUAAAUGGACUGAUGCCCGCCCACCCACACUGUACUGAAAAGUCUCUUCUCAAUGAGGAAGUGGUUCGUGUGGGAGGGAGGAUCUGCAGGUCACACACAGGGCUUGUGACAGUCCCCACCUGGUUUACGGACAUGGUGGGACAGGAACUGGCAGAGGGGGGAUGAAAAGUUGCUCCAGGUAUCAAGAGAACCAGAAACACAAGUGCUUGGUUCAUGCAGGAGAGUGUUGGGUGAGAGUCCAGUGUUGUUUCCCUGGAGACGGAUUAACUCACUGGGGUGCUAGCUUUGGACAGAAAUCAGUGUCUCGUGGACCGGGUCCAGCCAGUCCCCCUCUGCACAGUCCCUACCCUCCAGCCCAUUCUGGCCAUCUGCCCUUCACACAGUCCUGGGGUUCUGAGCCUUCUCCCACCUCGGCUCUCUGGGCCAAAGCCUCAGUCUGGCAUCUCCCUUCCGGGGCUCCCAGCGUGGGAGCCAGCUUUGCCUUCCACCUGUCCUCUUGCUGUCGGCUUCUCCAAGCAC